AAAAGCACCAAACGGCUAUAAUUGGUCUUAUAAUUUUUCCCGAUAAGAGGGAUAGAUUUAAACCCAGAAAAUUUCGGUCCCAGUUUCUCUCUUUGUUCUUAAAUUAGGUUUCUUCCAAUAUUCUCACUCGCCCUCUCUGUUUUCUUCAUCAGUUUCUCGAUUCUUCUUCGAAGAACGCGACAUUCCUGUUAAGUUUCCUGAGAAAAUUCUGGGUAUAAUCAUCAUGUCCGAUGGUUAUUAUACAAAUUCUAAAAAAACUGACGAUAUCUGUGAAGAUGUUUGCGGUCAGGGUUCUCGGGCAGCCAUGGCGUUUUCAAGACUGAAAUGCGCUCUAAGAGGGUUUGAUAUCAAGACAUAUAUAUUCUUGCUUGCCAUUGUGCCAAUCUCCAUCUUCGGAAUCUACUUGCAUGGUCAGAAGAUCACAUAUUUCUUGAGACCACUGUGGGAGUCGCCUCCGAAGCAGUUUCAAGUGCUUCCCCACUACUACCAUGAGAAUGCCUCCAUGGAAACACUCUGCAGGCUCCACGGUUGGCAAAUCCGUGAAUCACCAAGAAGGGUUUUCGAUGCUGUCUUAUUCAGCAAUGAGGUUGAUAUGCUCACGAUUCGGUGGAAUGAGUUAUACCCUUUUAUAACUCAGUUUGUGAUUCUUGAAUCAAAUUCAACUUUCACCGGUCUGCCAAAAUCUUUGGUCUUCGCAGGCAACCGGGAGAAGUUCGAAUUUGUUGAAUCGAGACUGACUUAUGGGAGUGUCGGGGGGAGGUUGAAAAAGGGUGAGAACCCAUUUGUUGAAGAAGCCUACCAGCGGAUUGCAUUGGACCAACUGGUCAGACUUGCAGGCAUCGAAGAAGAUGAUUUGUUGAUAAUGUCUGAUGUUGAUGAGAUUCCGAGUGCACACACUAUUAAUCUACUAAGAUGGUGUGACGGGUUUCCCCCGAUUCUUCAUCUUCAGUUGAGAAACUAUUUGUACUCGUUCGAGUACUACAUUGACAACAAGAGCUGGAGAGCGUCGGUUCAUCUCUACAAACCGGGGAAGACCCGUUAUGCCCAUUUUCGCCAAAGCAACUUCCUGUUAUCGGAGUCAGGGUGGCACUGCAGUUUCUGUUUCAGGCACAUCAGCGAGUUCAUAUUCAAGAUGAAAGCCUACAGCCACAAUGACAGGGUCAGAUUCUCACACUACUUGAGCCCUAAACGUAUCCAAGACGUGAUAUGCAGAGGAACUGAUCUGUUUGACAUGAUUCCUGAGGAAUACACAUUCAAGGAGAUCAUCGGGAAAAUGGGUCCAAUCCCAAGGUCUUAUUCAGCUGUGAAUCUUCCGGCAUACCUGAUCGACGAGGCUGAUAAGUACAAGUACUUGCUGCCGGGUAAUUGCAGGAGGGAAAGUGGCUGAUAAGUGCAAGUGUACUUGCUGCCAGUGUUGUUAGAGAGAUCAUUUUAACCUGGGAGAAACAAACGACUGACGAUGAUAACUCAGAGAGAUAGGGCCAAUGGCGGUAGUAGUCAUGUACGUUUUCAUCAACACUUUCUCUCCCCAGGUGUAUAGUAUGCUUUAUAGAUAUAAAACCUCAUGAUGGUGGUCUGUUGCCGUUACCACCCAGGUUGUCUGGGAGUUUUUGCUGGAGUCAGUCAGUCUGUUUAGUUGAGAAGGUCAUACAUACAUAUAUAAGCUUUUGUCUUUCACUUAUGUACAUGUGAUUUACAUCAUGAGAUUCUUUGCGUUUUUUUCUUA